GAUGUAAUGGGAUAUAUAUGGGAUCAUCCAUGGAUAUAGGAUGGUGCUGUGCUACCGCAGGGGGGGCGAUAAACCACCCCUAAUAGAGCUGGGCAUUCACUGUGAGGGCCGGGACCCCCCCCGUCCCGGUGUGGUGGUUCUGGACACGACCCCAUACAGCCGUAGCGCCAACCUGGGCUCGGGGGGUCCCGGUUCCCCGCGCUGGUUCCUGUGUUACCGCCGGGCCGAGCGCGGCCAUAACGCGCUGGGGGUGACGGAGCUGUGCCUGGUGAUGCCCAGCAAAGGGGAGAGCACCCCACACACCUUCAGCCGCGUCCCACGAAGCCUCAACUGCGGCACGUGGGGCCCGGCGCUGUUCCUGUGCUACAAACUGUCCAUGGCCAAAGGAAACACGCUGGUGUACGAAGCAGAGCUGCUGUGCCGUUACCCGGAGCAGGACGCCCCGUCGUUCCCGCUGCCCGGCUCCGUCCCCUCGUUCUGUCUCCCUAUGGGCGCCGCCAUUGAGGGCUGCGCGGCCGGGACCCGUUACCCACUGCCCGUGUUCUCUACAUUCGUGCUCACGGGAGCGUCCGGGGACAAGGUGUAUGGAGCCGCCAUCCAGUUCCACGAGCCGUUCCCUCUGUCCCGUCUCUCUGAGCGGCAGCGGCUCCGUCUGGGUUUGCUCAGUGUUGUGGAGCGUCGCCCGGUGCCGGGCCGGGUGGUGCUGGGCACUAAAGCACUUUGUGUCCUGUCACAUUGGCCCCUGUUCGACGUGUUCAGGAAGUUCCUCAUGUUCCUCUAUCGAUACUCGGUGUCCGGACCCCACGUCCUGCCCAUAGAGACACACAUCGCACAUUUCAUGCACAACGUCCCCUUCCCGUCCCCACAGCGACCAAGGAUCCUCGUGCAGAUGUCCCCAUACGACAGCCUGCUGCUCUGCCAGCCCGUCUCGUCGCCGCUGCCGCUCAGCGGUGCCAGCUUUGUCCGGUUGCUGUGUGCCGUCGGUGCCGACCAGGCGCUGUCCCUGCUGGUUCUAUUGGUUCUAUUGGUUCUAUUGGUGGUUCUGUUGGUUCUGUUGGUUCUAUUGAUGGUUCUGACCUGGUUCUGGUUCCGUCCCAUAGUGGUGCCAGCUUUGUCCAGUUGCUGUGUGCCAUCGGUGCCGACCAGGCGCUGUCCCUGCUGGUUCUAUUGGUUCUAUUGGAGCGAGGAGCGCAAGGCGCUGACCCCGCGGGCGCUGCCCCGUCGGCCCUGCAAAGUGCUGCUCAACUCCCUGCACAGCCUGAGCCAGCAGCUGCAAGAGAUGUCCGACCGGCCGCUGGAGGACGCGUCCCUGGAGCUGCUGCUGAGCGACUCGGAGCUGCUGUACGGGCGGCACAAGCAGCUGGAGCUGGAGAUUCGAGCCGCCUUCCUGCGCUUCAUGGCCU